CGAUUCUUCCCACCAUCACAACCGAACGGGCAGCACAAGCAAAGAUGGCAGAUGUCGAGAAGCAUGGUCAGCCAAGCGAAGCACAACUAGGGGAAGAGAUGAUGGAUGCCGAAGAUGAUCAAGGGGAGAACAUCCCGGUAGACGCAAGUGAGACGAUCUAUGUCAAAAACUUGAAUGAGAGCGUACAAAUUGAAACGCUAAAGCAAACAUUGAGAAAUUUGUUUGGAAUUUAUGGUAAAAUUGUUGACAUUAUUGCACACAAAAAUGUUCGAAUGCGCGGUCAAGCUUUCAUCUCGUUUGAAUCAAAAGCACCUGCUGUCAAGGCUGUAAAGGAAGUAAGAGGGUUUCCAUUGUAUGGCAAACCUAUUCAACUUGCAUUUGCACGGACUACAUCGGACGAAAUCGUAAAGAAGAACCUUGUAGCACAAUUAGGAGGCGAUGAAAACGGCAUCAAAUCAGCAUUGGAAGCACACAAGCAACAAAGACUAGAGCACAAGAAGCGUCAGAGGACACAAUGGAGAAGGAGACAAUUGGCUUUACGUGCUGGUGAAAAUGAAGGUCAAAAUGCAAACAUCGGUGGUGUGCCGGGCAUGGAUGGAAGUGCAGCAGCAGCAGGAAAGAGACAAGAAGCUCAACUACCCGACGAAUAUCUUCCACCAAACAAGAUUCUAUUCAUUCACAACGUACCCGAUUCAGUCGACAAGGAUGCAUUGGACGCCUUAUUCAGGUCGCACGAUGGAAUCAUCGAUGUUCGACAUAUCCCUGGCCGCAAUGUUGCUUUUGUGGAAUUUGGCAAUGCAAUGCAAAGUAGUGCUGCGAGAGACGCACUGAAUGAACACCAGUUCACACCCCAAAGCGAGAAGCUACGGAUCACAUUUGCCAAAUGAUCCCCCUCACACUCACGUAUUUGUAUUUGUAUCAAUCUUGUCUCUUACGUUGUACCACAUCAUACAUUCAUAUGCACUUUAAUAGCAAUACUAGAAAUACAUAGGCUUCUGCGCUUCAAUCAA